ACCACCACUACUACCACCCCAACCACCACUACAACCACUCCAACCACCACUACAACCACUACAACCACCACUACAACCACUCCAACCACCACUACAACCACUCCAACCACCACCACCACCACCACCACAACCACCACUACAACCACCUCGACAACCACUCCAACCACCUCGACGACCACUCCAACCACCACUACAACCACCCCAACCACCAGUACAACCACUACAACCACCUCGACAACCACUCCAACCACUCCAACCACCACUACUACCACCACUACAACCACUCCAACCACCACUACUACCACCCCAACCACAACAACCACCACUCCAACCACCACUACUACCACUCCAACCACCACUACUACCACCCCAACCACCACUACAACCACUCCAACCACCACUACUACCACCACAACCACCACUACAACCACUCCAACCACCACUACUACAACCCCAACCACCACUACAACCACCCCAACCACCACUACUACCACCACAACCACCACCCCAACCACCACUACAACCACUCCAACCACCACUACUACAACCCCAGUAACCACCACUACAACCACCCCAACCACCACUACAACCACU